UGAUGAUGCAGUUGGGAUUUUAGCUGUCUUGGGUUUGAGUAAUAUUCUGUGACAGGUUAGCAUGAAAUGUGCUAAUUAUUGUUGGCAUGCUGUGGAUCAUAUUAUAACUAAUGCACCGCCUAGGACCCAUGGAUUAGCCAGACUGACCACAAGCGUCCUGGCUUGAUGGAGCUGGCCGCUGCUCCGAUGAUGGCGUUCAGUAGUAUCUUCAAACGAGCAACCAACUUCCUCGGCAUCCACAGCGCCGACUCCCUGCGACCGCCCCCACUUGACGGGGAGAUCAUCUACUGCAAGAACAAUGUCUGUGUGCAUCCCCCGGCCCCUCUGUCCUUCGAGACUGAACAUUACCCAGGAUACCUCACUGUCCGAGCACACGAAGAUCAGGCUGCUGGACCUACUCUCGUGCUUACCUGGAUACCGAACCUGUCGCUGAAGAAGAACCCUCGCAGCAUUGAAAACAGCCCCAACUGCUCAAAGGGAAACACUCCUCGACCGAGUCCGAAAAGAACUCCAAAACAAGAAUACUCCAAAUCAAACGAGCCCACUCCUUCCCCGAGCGAGUCUCCGGGAGACUCCAGUGUCAUGGGGGAGCUGGGAUUUAUUAACGGAGGGGACAAAAUGAUAACCCACAAGAAGAAACACAGCACGGACAACACAAGCUUGAGCUCUGAGUUGUCGGCGGGGUCUCGGGAAGAAGACACGAGCAUCGGAAGCUGGAAUCCUGGUGAGGAGGUCCACCACGACGGACACAGGCUGAGCUCCAGCAACAAGUCGGCGGCCGAUUCAGGAAUCGGUUCUGACGAGAUAGUCUCUUUGUACAUUCAGAAUAACGAGAAAACGAUGCAUGGCGGUGCGAAGAGGAGUGUGAUAGGCAUCCACGUGAACGACCUCACUGUGGACAAGACUUCCAAGAGCAACACUGAGCAUCAUCAUCAGUAUGCUGGGAGGGAGGACUCCGGGGUUGUGCCAAACACAGACGGAUUGACUUCCGAGGAGCAGCUGGUGGCCAUGUUGAACAGAAACAAACUGCACAUGAGAGCCAGGGAACGGACGGAUUCGAACAAAUCUGUGAGCAUCGAGAUGGAAGGAGAGAGACUUGUGGUGGUUACCGAGGAGAUGGAUGGUGGUCCCAGCGACAGGCAGCAGUUGGACAUUGUCGACAAGAACACGUACACCAACGAGAGCAAGUUCGACACGAGCAGUUCCCCGGAAUCAGGCAGUGUGAGUUCCGACUCGACGAACCCUUCGCCAUCUGAGUCGAGUGGUCAGACGAUCAUCAGCGAGCUGCGGGAAGAGCUGCUUCGGAAGCACGACCUCCUGUUCCAGAACGAACCUCACAGCAAACCCUACCCUAUCCCAAGUCCUUGUGGCGGCAGCGGCGGUCUCACUGUACCCAGCGACCUGGAUCUCGGCUGUCUGACCGUCCCUCCUCCCAACACGCCCAUCCUGACGCCGGACAUUUCGGUAACGCGAGUCAGAAACACGUCUUCAUCUUCAACCACGACAUCGGGCCCUGACUCGCAGCCGCCAUCGCCAUACACGUCUGACGCGGAGUCGGCCCCCAGCUCGCCGUCAAAGGACGCGGUGAGUCCUGAGUCACCGUCAGUUAGCAGCAACGGGUCCGCGGGGUUCAGCCACAACAUGACAUUUCCAAAUAACUCGCUGUCGCACGGUAGCAGCAAGAAGGAGAAGAAGAGUGCCAAGGAACAGCUGUGUGGAGUCUUUUCUGUUGAUCUUGGUCAGAUGCGGUCUCUAAGACUCUUCUACAGUGACCAGGAGUGUACGCAAGGCCAGGUUGUGAUAGCUAGUCGAGAGAGUCAGUACAAGAUUCUACACUUCCAUAACGGCGGGUUGGAUAAACUCGCACAGAUUUUCGAGGACUGGAGUUUGUUUGCCAAAUCCAAAGAGAAGCAACGUGAAAGUGACGUGCCGUAUCGCCAGUUUCUGGUGAUCAAGCCUCAGAUCACAGAUGACCAGUGUCAUCCUGAGGAAGGUGUGUUCUCUUUAGUCACGGAGGAAAUCUGGAAACAACACUUAAUGGCAAAUGGAUCAAUUGAAGAUGACUUCCAGUUGAGAAAGGCAAUAUUUUUUGGAGGCCUGGACCCAUGUUUGCGUCACGAAGCUUGGCCCUUCCUGUUGCAUUAUUAUCCAUUCUCUUCAACGUUUGAUGAGCAGGAACAAAUCCGAAAUGACAAAUACAUCGAAUACCAGAACAUUAGAAAGAUGAGGGAAUCCAUGACAGGGCCUGAACAGGAUAAGUUCUGGCGGAGUAUCCAGUGCACAGUGGAGAAGGAUGUUGUUCGAACUGAUCGCAGCCACCCGUACUUCUGUGGUGAAAACAACCCAAACAUAGAGGUCCUGAAGACGAUUCUGUUGAACUACGCGGUUGCGAAUCCGUGGAUGGGUUACACGCAGGGAAUGUCUGACCUGCUGGCGCCGGUGCUGGCAGAGGUCCAGAACGAGGUUGACGCGUACUGGUGUUUCGUGGGUCUCAUGCAGCGGACCAUCUUCGUGAGCUCGCCCCGAGACAGUGAUAUGGACAAACAACUGAGUUACCUGCGAGAGCUGAUUCGUCUGAUGCAGCCCAAGUUCUUCGCACACCUCGAGAAGCUGACUGAUGAUGCCAUGGAGCUGCUGUUCUGUCACAGGUGGAUCUUGCUGUGUUUCAAGCGUGAGUUCCCCGAAGCAUCAGCCCUGCGUAUCUGGGAGACAUGCUGGGCGCACUACCAGACGGACUACUUCCACCUGUUCAUCUGUGUCGCCAUCGUCGCUAUUUACGGCGAGGACAUUGUGGAGCAGGGGCUGGCUGCCGACGAGAUGCUGCUACACUUCAGCAGUCUGGCCCUGCACAUGAACGGGGAUAUCGUACUCAGAAAGGCGCGAGGUUUGCUGCACCAGUUCCGCAAGAAGAGAAAGAUUCCGUGUAGUCUGAGUGGCCUCUGCAUCCACUGCGGCUCCGGCAUGUGGGACAGCGGCCACGUCCCCACAGUGUAUUGCGUCGGCCACAGCGACGACGAGGUCUGUCCUCACAACAGCCAGCCCAGCUCACCGGCAGCUCAGUAAACUAAUACCACAGAUGAGAACUCUGAUGAUUGUGUCCUUGUCUGUUUGAUUAAAAGCCAACUCUAAUACCAUAUAUUUUCAAGACCCUUCAAAGUUUAAUGAUUUCCAAACACCCCCACCCCCCCGUGCUGUUUUUACCUUUGAGAUAUAGAACUUGUGUACAUUAUUUUGGUACAUAACUUGACAAUCUGACCUAUGACAUUUCCCCUUGAGUCCUAAAGACUGGUCUAAACAGCCAAACAAAUGGCCAACAUCUUCCAACGAGCCAAGGGCUUGUUGUUCCGAUGACAUGGUAACUACUUCCUCCUUUGAGUAAUAACAGAAGUAAAGUCAUGGCAGGGACUUUGGGGUUUCUCAACAAGACACUUUCUAGUUGCCAAAAUCUCUUAGUUACGAAUGUAUAUUUACUUGUUGAUUUGGAUAUACAUAUGGAUGUAUUCAUUCCAGAAUAAUUAAUCACAAGUGAGGGUGUGGGCUGACAUAGGUUGCUGAGAUGUCUGUCUUUUGCAGACUAGCUGAUUACCAAAUUAAUAUAUUUUUUGUGUGGUCAUAUUCGUCACUUCGCUCAUUGGAAACACCAUUUUGCACUAAAUUUCAGAGUUAUUAGUUUUUCUCUGUUAACAUUUUUGAAAUUGUUAAAAUUGUUAAUAAUUUUUGAUAUCUUUACAAUCUCAUUUCAGUUGUGUUGAAAAAAAGAUAACUAAGAUUUGUGGAUGUAAAAUCAUUUCAGACAGCAGGUGACCUGUUGUUUCGAGGUUAAUUAAAUUCAGCUGGAUUCUGUGCACUCGCAUGACAGUAAGCAUUGUUGGUAACAUCCCAAGUUCAAGAUGCAACUCUGGACUUUAAUAUGAGGACGAUUUGAGGACAGGCUACAGAUUUUCUAAGGUAUCUUAACGCUACGACAUCAUUAAACUAUCUUAAGCUAUGACAUCACUGUGAAGCAUGCCAUUGCCUACAAUAGUUUUAUGAUAUCAUAGUGCUAAGAUAGCUUCGAAAAUCUGGGCCCUGGGCCCCAUUCCACCAGUUGAUCUUAGCGUUAAGAUCAGUUUAAGUGCAUAAGGUAGCUAUACACUUAAGGAGAUCUUAGGACUAAGAUCGCUUCAUGGAAUGGGGCCUUAGUCAUUAAUGAAAUGUUUGUCAAUGGAUAUUCCGUUCCUAGCUGUGCAAUUGGUUUCUGUGAACAAUUACUUGUUGAGCUGACGCAAUGGAAGUUCUGGUUGUGUUUUAAAGUUUCUAGGAAUAGCUGCCACUUCAUACCAGUUAUUUCAUCAUGUGUACGUGUUUCAGUUUGUAUAUUACAAACAUUCGUCAUGUCCAUUUGUAUAUUAGAAACACUUCUUCAUUAUCUACACUCUUUAGCUUUAUUUACAGAACAAGUAUGUUGAAUGUUCUCUUUCAUUGUUACAUUAGUGUACAUAUGUAUGUUUGUCAUGGAGGUGGAUUAUGUCGUAUUUGAAUGUCUUAUAAUGUACAUAACCGUCAAAGUUUAUGGUAGACAUAACAUGACAGAAAUUAAUUUGCAACUGUUCUUCCUUAGUAUUAAAUGACCUCUAUGACUAGUCAUGGUUAAUGGCAGCUGUAGUGGUUUAGAUGUUGGUACUAAUUACUGAUCUGAACAUAUUAACAUUGUAUUACAUGACUGUUACAUAUUAGAAUGUAGGUUAUAAUCACGUAUUUCAUAGUAUCUGUUAGUUACAGUCUGUUCAUGUCAGUAAUACUGUAGAUCUGUUUUAUGUUCUGAUAUUACAUUACAGAUCUGUAUAUUACAUUACAGAUCUGUCGAAUGUUAUAUUAUAUUACAGAUCUAUUGAAUGUUUUAUUACAUUACAGAUCUGUUGAAUGUUAUAUUACAUUACAGAUCUGUUGUAUAUUACAAUAAUGUAUUAGUAGCAGAUUUGUUACAUAUUGAUAAAAUAAGUUACAAUCAGGUAUUAACAAUUACACAGCUGCUGUUGUAUUGUAUUAUAUGGUUGUGUUUAAAAUAUAUGUAUUACAUUACUGUUAAAAUCUGGCCCUUGUUUAUGUUAGUAGUAACUGUUUAUUUAUUGAAUAUUAAAAUCAUGUAUUUUAAAGUUUUGGUAUAUAUAAUUUAAUAGAUACAAAUAGAUAAGAGUUAUAUUUAAUAACACUGGAUGUUGUGUGGUGCAGGGCCCCAUGAAAAAUCUUAUUCUUAAAAAAAAUAGUAAUAUUAAAUGUUUUAAUUAUUUAAAACAUACAUGUAGAUCUGUACAUAUUUACAAAUUAUCAGAAUUUCAUUUUGUAUAUAGGUAUCCGGUAAUAGUAUGAAAAUCAUGUCAUCAAGGUCAAAAUAAAAAUUAACAACACUUUGUGUUUUAACCCAACCAAUUCAUCAAAUUUCUUAUUUCAGUAGUAAUUUCUUUUUCUUUUUAUCCUUUCCACAUAUUUUAGGGUAUUGCCAGUGAUGUUGAGCUAUAAAUUUCAAUAUAGUUUAAUGGGUUUGUAAUAAAUAAAAGUAGAUUUAAUGGGUGUGUAAUAUAUAAAAUAAGUCAUUUUUAAUAAGUAUGCAACAAAAUAAGUAGGAUUUCAUGGGUAUGUAAUAAAAUAAGUAGGAUUUCAUGGGUAUGUAAUAAAAUAAGUACAAUGUAAUUGGUAUGUAAUAAAAUUAAUUAAGUAGGAUUUAAUGGAUAUAUAAUAAAAUAAGAUUUAAUGGGUAUGUAAUAAAAUAAAAUAAGAUUUAAUGGGUAUGUAAUCAAAUACUGACUGAUUGAUCCACUGCUAAAAUGGGUGCACUGUGUUACUUUCAGCAAAUACAAUUUUUUUUUUUUUUUCAAAGAUAGCGGUGUUGGCACAGUUAACUAAAGUCCACAGGAUUUGCAGGUGAAUCAGAAUCAAAAUAGCAUUGGUCAUGUUACAAUGUUUCUCAUUGAAUAAUGUAUUAAUUAUUGUUAACUUUCUAAUCAAUAAGUUUUGUGGCCAGCUAUUUGUGAUCUUUUAUCUAAAAAUAGGUUUAAAGUUUGGAUGAUUUUGAGUUAAAGUAGUUUAAAAAUAAAUAAAAAAUUAAGUUAGUAUUUUCAACAGGAGCUUCCACGUUACAGGCAGUAUAGCACAGUGGUUGACCUACUAAAGGUCCCAACAGGGGCAGGAUCUAGCUCAGUCAGUAGAAUGUUCAUCAAGUGCUUUGGUUGUAGGAUCAAAACCCUCCAGAGGACCUAUUGCAACCCCUGCAAUUAAAAAAAUGUUAACGGCAAAAAAACAUGCCAUUGAAAAAUCUCUGAAUACAGUCCAAGGCAAAGAGGUGUCGUGGAGUAUUAAAAACUUCACGGCAUUGCCGAUUGCUGUGGGCAGUUGCAGGGGUUGCAUUGUCUGACUGGGGUUUUAUUCCCAUUCUUACCAAUGCACGAUGACUGGUCUUUCAAAGGCCAUAGUAUGUGCUGUCCUGUCUGGGAAAUGCAUAUAUGCAUGUAUACCUUGAGCAAGUCAACUCCCAUGGCUUUAAAUUUCUAAAACCGUAAUUUGUUAUGCCUACCUCAGUGUUCAUAAUUCUGAUAGACAUUUUACCCUUGCAUCAGUGUUUCUACAACUGUUUAAGAAGUCUGUUUUUUCAUCGGUGUUUUACUAUUAGUUAAAGUUGCCAAUUGCCCAAUUUAAGUGCGGGUAACAUUGAUAUACUUUUUUCCUUCAGUUUUUUAUAAUUUGUUUCUACAGAGAAUGCCAUAUAUUUGAGACAAUUAAUUUGUAGUUUUUUUAAAUUCAUGCCAUGACAAUAAUUUACAUAAGAACCACACAAACCUAGUACGUGUAAUGUAGAUGUAACACUUCUUAAAACAGAGAAAGUCACCAUUCAAUUGAUAUUCUCUGUAAAUAUUCAUUUUGCGUUUUGUAUUGGAUUUACACUAUAAUGCUAAUAUGAAACAUUUCUAGUUUUGUUUUUAUAAUUAUUCAAAGCUCGAAAUUGAUUUUGUUAAAUGGGAAAUAAUUUUUGCUUCUCAAAUUUCAAGAGAAGCAAAUGCUAGAAAGUGAAAGUAGGUCUAGAAAUUAGUCUCAAAAUUAAACUUGUAAAUUACACUUGUAAAUUAAACUUGUAAAUUAGACUUGUAAUGUAACUUUUUUAACAGCAAUGAGACAGACUUGAGACAAACGUCGAUAAAAUCACAAGAUUUAUAUUACCACUCCAGCAAAUAAAAAAUUCUCAAUAUAUCUGGAAUUCUGUCAACAAUAAAAAGGAAAGAAAAAUCUGCUUCUAAAAACUGAUUAUCAAAAAGUGUAUUGUGCAUUUUAAGUGGCAUUUAUUGCCUGUCAAUUAUGAUCCUGGAUUAUUCGUGAAAGUAAUUUCAUUUUCGUAAGUCUUGGUUGAAUAACGAUGGCUGGGUGAGGAACUUUAUGAAGUCUAUGAACAUGAUAAAUUUUAACAAGCAUGACAAGAUUGUUUUUAACUGUUGCAUGAAGUCUCAAAGUAUCUGUUACAUUAAGUAUUGAAGUCUUAAAGGAACAGACCCUAGGUUUUAAACACUACGGCAUAUUUUUCGCUAUUAGAGCCAUUUAUGAUCACUGAAAUCAAACAUUACUUUUAUUUUAUUGUUUAUAUUAUCCAUUUCCGUA